GUUUCGUUUUCGCUUCCUAUCUUUUGUACCGCUCCGUUGCGCCCCCUCACCCCCUCCCACCCUCCUUCCUCCAGGCUUGCGGCGGAGUUACAUUGUUUGUCAGCCGCCGAGGAAAACCAGCAACUGUCGAAAUCUCGAAAAGCUCAUAAGCUCUCCUCACGCUCGAUCCUUAAAAGGAUAUAUCUCUGAUACAAUCAUCUCAUCCUGUUUUUCUCCGAUAGGAUCGAAGCUUUUUUUUUUGUUUGUUCUCGCCGCGGAUCCGGUGAUUGAGGGUGCGAUUCGACGUUUAUUGAGUAUUGGGUUUAUCGAUUUGGGUGCUUUGGGUAUCGGAUUAGGAUUAAAGGUCAGUACUUUCGAUUUUUUUUUUUUCUGGGGUAGUGAUCGUUUAUGGAACGGGGUUGUGGUGGUAGUGGUGGUGGGUCGGGUGAGAGGUCACGUGUCUUGACUCAGAAGGAGAAAAGAGACGAGCUUUGCAAGGCUGUGAUGAGUUUUGAGAAGAAGAGGCCCAAAGUUGUUGUUAGCGAGUCCGAGUCGAGUGAAGAGUUUAUGAAGCCUCCAGCGAGGAGCGUUAAAACCUCGAAAGAGAAGUUUGCUCGGAAGAAGGAUGGUCGAAAUGGGUUUGUGAGGAGGAACAAGGAGUCGUCAGGGAUGAAGAAGUUGGAUGUGUUUGAGUUUGACGAGUACGAUGGGUUUGAUAGCGCGAAUCUGAUGAGGAAGCGUUUUGAUAAUGGCACUGUUGGUGUUAGCGGGAGAGUCUCUUUUCCACCGAGAAGGUUUGAUAAUGGUGUUGUGGGAGGAGGGUCUGGAUCGGGCAGGGAGGGUUUGUUUGUUAGGAGGAAGAAACCGUACUUAAAUGGCGCUUGUAGUGGGAGUUUAGAGGAGAAGUUGAGUAGUGAAUCUGAUUCAGAUGAGGCGAUAAGGGUGCAGGGUAGAAACGGUGUUCUGAAGGUGAAGGUGAACAAUAAAACAAGCACUCUUCCUGCUCCAAUCCAACACCAUGAAGCAGAGAGACCACCUUCCUCUUCUAGGAAGGCACAAAAGCGUGAGGAUGUUAAAGCAAAACCAUCUUUUAGGAAACCAGAUAAUAUGGAGAAUUAUUCAGAGUCAGAAGAGAGCGACGUGGAGAGGAAAGCGAAAAGAAGGAAACCAGUUUGCGGGAAAUCUAAGAAGGAAACCGAUGAAUCGUUGAAACCUGCAGCGAGAGAAGAGAGAAGGGGAAUGCGUAAUGGUGGAACAGAGAAGCAAAGAUUACGUGAGAAAAUUAAGGGAAUGCUUACCGAUGCAGGAUGGACGAUAGACUACAGACCUAGGAGGAACCAAACUUACCUGGAUACUGUCUAUGUGAACCCCUCGGGGAUAGCAUUUUGGUCAAUAAUUAAAGCAUACGAUGCUUUUCGGCAGCAGUUAAAGGAAGAAGACAUCGAUGCUAGAUCGAGGAAGGAUGUUGCUGCAGUUGUUUCUGUAUCAGAGGAUAUCGUGAACAAUUUAGCAAGGAAGGUGAAGAAGACAGGGACUGAGAUUUCAAAGAAAAGGGACAAGGGUUACAGUGAUAGCGAGAGUGAAAAGCAAAGUUAUGGAGAAGGAGUGGACAGUGAUACCUUUGAGGAGAGGUUCGUAAAGAUGACUGGGAAAUCCAUAAAACGAGGAAGAAACGAUUUACACUCGAAAAGUAAAAGACCGUCGUACUAUAAUGAUGCAAGACCAUCUUCUGGAUCAGAUUCACAUUAUCUAGAUGGAAGAUUGAGCAAAAAAAUAGGAAGAUGUACUUUGAAGGUGCGUAGUUCUGAGGAUAAAAAGAGUCCAGAAGCCAACGGGUUCAAUCCAUACUCUGGGAAAAGGACAUUGCUCUCUUGGUUGAUUGAUUGUGGAGUUGUCCAGGUAAGAGAAAAGGUGCAAUACAUGAACCAUCAAUGUACUAAGGUGAUGCUGGAGGGAUGGGUAACAAGAGCAGGGAUUCAUUGCGCCUGCUGCAGUAAAAUCCUCACAAUUUCAAGGUUUGAGAUCCAUGCUGGGAGCAAGUCAUGCCAGCCUUUCCAAAAUAUAUACCUGGAAUCUGGCAGUUCUCUUCUUCAUUGCCAGAUCAGAGCGUGGAAUAUGCAAAAAGGUGCUAAGAACCUUGGUUUUCAUCGCGUGGACGCCGACGGCGAUGAUCCACAUGAUGAUGCUUGUGGUAUCUGUGGCGAUGGCGGAGAUUUGCUUUGCUGUGAUGGUUGUCCAUCAACAUACCAUCAAGCCUGCCUAGGUAUAGAGGUGCUUCCUGUGGGGGACUGGCACUGUCCAAAUUGCACUUGCAAAUUUUGUGAUGCUGUGGUGCAUUCUGGUGGCGAAGAAGAAAAUCCUUCAUUACUUUCCUGCAACAUGUGUGAGAGAAAAUAUCACCAAUCAUGCAUGAAUGAACUGGAAGCUCAUAAUGUUCAGUCUUCAGCUUCUUCGUUUUGUGGACCUAAGUGCUUAGAGCUCUUCGAAAAGUUAAAGAAGUAUCUUGGUGUCAAACAUGAAAUAGAAGGCGGCUACUCAUGGUCUCUUAUACAUAGGGUGGAUACGGAUUCAAAAUUCAACUCUCAGUUGUCGGCACAAAGGAUUGAAAACAAUUCAAAACUAGCUGUUGGGCUGGCAAUCAUGGAUGAGUGUUUUUUGCCCAUUAUUGACCGGAGGAGUGGGAUCAAUUUAAUUCGUAAUGUCCUUUAUAAUUGUGGAUCCAAUUUCAACCGGAUUAAUUAUACUGGCUUCUACACUGCUAUCCUAGAGAGAGGAGAUGAAAUCAUAUGCGCGGCAUCUCUCAGGUUCCAUGGAAUGCAAUUGGCAGAGAUGCCAUUUAUUGGAACCAGACAUAUAUACAGGCGUCAAGGAAUGUGUCGUCGGCUUUUUGAUGCAAUUGAGUCGGCUAUGCGUUCUCUCAAGGUUGAGAAAUUGGUAAUCCCUGCCAUUCCAGACUUCUUGCAUGCGUGGACGGGUAACUUUGGAUUCAGUCCUCUUGAUGACUCAGUUAGGAAAGAGAUGAGGUCCCUCAACACGUUGGUAUUUCCUGGAAUAGACAUGUUACAGAAACCUCUCCUCCUCCAUGAAGAAAACAAAUCCAAAGUCGCAGCUGAAGAAGGUGAUUGUGUUGUUGUUGUACCUAAGGGUGCCAUGAAUUCAGAGAUAGAGCCGGAGAAGAAAUCUGAAUCUGCGUCUUUUGCUGAAACUUGUCUAAACUCCAACGGAUAUGUCGCUGAUGAUGAUGAUGUAGACUGCGUCAAGAAAACUCUUGUUUCUCAUGAGAAAAGCAGUCCUCCUAUAUGUAUAUCAGUUGAAACAUCCAAGCCUGAAGGUGAAGAAUCUGGGAUUAGCUCUUCUUCUUGUCAGUUUACAUUGAAGUCUUGCUCUACGCAACGUGGCAACAAUACAGGAUCAUCAUGCGAAGAUGUGAAUGUAGAAGCUGUUGCUAAGUUACUGUCUCUGGAAAUCGUACAAGCAUCCACUGAGGUUCAGAUUGAAGACAACCUCGCUUCAUCUAUUUCUGGUUUGGGAUCAUCAGAUAUGAGCUCUAUCUCCCAAGAAGACAAAAGUGAACAAAAGUUACCGAACAGAGAGGCCUUUACUUCAUGUAAAGACAACGACAGACUCGGUCCUGAUACUAAGUUGGCUGUAUCGAAAGCAGCAGAUGGUUUACUUUUGUGAGGGGGAAAAGAUGAAAAGACUGCAAUAUAUAUAUAUAUACUGUCUGGAUUUGUUCUCGGAGAAUUGAUGCUCAUUGAUUAUUCUUCAAAGGUUGAGAUUAGGUAAUGAGAGAUUCAAGUUUCACAUAUAAAAAGAUAUUCGUGAUGAAGAUAUAUGCUUGACGCCCUUAUUGCGUUAUGAUACUACAGAAUAAGGAGAAGCAUGUGUUCACUUUUAAGGCCUAAGUUUUUUCUCACAUUCAGAGUCCUGUUGUUGUUGUCUGUCUUUACUUUGUAUUUACUAUUAUUAACUCAAAUCCAGGGAUUUGCAACAUUGUAUUAUAUAUAACAUUCCAUUAGUAAUUUUUGGAGCAGUGUUUAGUUUUGCAUA